AUGGAGGAAUCUAAUUGUAUUGCCUGCCAACGACCAGAUAGUGCCGACGAUAUGGUCCAGUGCGACCAAUGUGACGGAUGGCGCCAUUACACAUGUGCCGGUGUUGAUUCCAACAUAGUGGACCGGUCAUGGCGGUGCUGUGAUUGCACAAGCGGACAAAAUGCAGACGGUGCUUCGCUGAAUAGUGGAUCCAGUCGUUCCAGUGCAAUAUCGACGUUAUCCGUCAGCUUGAGCCAGCUGGUGGAAAGGCAGCGGUUGGAAAAAACACGUGUUGAGUUGGAAAUGCAACGUCGCCAUCUUGAUGAGCAGCAACGAUUGAUAGAUAAAGCGAUUGGAGAAGAUGAAACCGGCAGCCAUCGCAGCGGUGCUGCGUUGCACAAUGAAAUGGUAUCGUUUUCAUCGAGUAAGUCGGCGAAACGUCGUGCAGUACCGUUACCAGGUACACCCAGAUCAGCACCACCAAUGGUAUCAAUCCCCUUAACAGUGCUGAAACCGUCUACUUCCCGUGCAUUGAAAGGUAUGAAAAGUUCUAGUGCUUUGUUGGAACUCAGGAACCGCGUUGAGCAGUGCGAACAGCGCGCCAACCCGACACCUGAACAACUUUCGGCGCUGCAAGAACAGCUGGAAGCGUGUCGUAGCUUAUUGGAGGGAUUUAAGUCCGUAGCAGAAACCACCGAUCCUGUUGGUCAAAUGGAUUCAACUAAGCAGCUGAAGAAACUACCAAAGCCAGCGACGAGCCAGUCGCGCUUGGAGAAGCAGAUCAGCGCCUGUUCAGAAUACAGUCGGAUGUUACCUGCCGUAGCGGAGGGUGAACGAGUUCAAUCUAAACAACGUUCCGAAGCGAUUCCAGUGGAGGAAAGUGAAUCGAUGCAUGGUAGCUCGUCAAUGAACUCGGUAUGCCAAGCUGGCAUGCCGUCGGUAAGUCAAGCGAUUGCAUCAAAUGAAAUGCGUUCCAGUGAAAUAGAUCCCCCAGAAAGUGUGCAUCGAGAUCAAGUGUUUCCCCCUCGAGUUUCGAAUUAUCCCACACAGCAGCAAUUAGCAGCACGGCAGUCUCUGGCUAAGGAUCUUCCCCGCUUUUCUGGUGAUCCUGCGGAUUGGCCGAUCUUCAUUUCGAACUAUCGAUACACGACUGAAGCCUGCGGUUUCACGGAUGGUGAAAAUAUGCUUCGUUUGCUGCGGUGUUUAUGUGGACCUGCAUUGGAAACGGUACGCAGUCGGCUGGUGCUACCAGCGGCAGUACCUCAAGUUAUUGAGACUCUUCGUAUGCGGUUUGGCCGUCCAGAAUUGUUGAUUAACGCUCUUCUACGCAAAGUUCGAGACAUUCCGGCUCCAAGAUCGGACCGAUUGGAAGGUCUUAUCGAUUUCGGAAUGGCAGUACAAGCUUUAUGUGACCACAUCGAAGCUGCGAAUGAACGCGCUCAUUUAUCGAAUCCCUCGCUUUUGCAAGAACUCGUUGCGAAGCUUCCUGUGGAUCAAAGGAUGAUGUGGGCAGGAUACAAGCGAAAUUUUCAGCUUGUCGACUUAAAAACUUUCGGUGAUUACAUGACGUCGGUUGUGCAAGAUGCAUCAAGCGUAGUAACCUACGAGCAUGAACCGAGAAGAACCAAUGUACGCGAUCGCCCGAAGAGUAAAGGUUUCGUGAAUACUCAUGCAAUGGAUGGCGCUUCUAAAGACGGUAGUGCGAGUAGUUCUGCGACAGGCGCAAUUAAACAAUUCGAUUGUGCGCACUGUAGCAAGGCUGGUCAUCGAGUACGUGAAUGUAGUUCUUUCAAAUCAUUGAGUGUAGAUGAUCGUUGGAGGAGAGUUCGAGCAUUGGGUCUUUGUCAGAACUGUUUGUUUAGUCAUGGACGUAGAGCUUGCCGUGGACGAAAAAUUUGCGAUAUUGAUGGUUGUCAGUUUCGUCAUCAUCCACUGCUUCAUUCGCGCAACGGCCCCCCAAGGGCACCGGCAUCGAGUACUAUAAUAGCAGAGAAUCAUACUCAUCGUCUCUCGACUUCGUCAACGUUGUUUCGAAUAAUUCCGGUAACCGUACACUGUAAGAACGUUUCAAUUAAUACGUUCGCCUUUCUGGACGAGGGAUCUGAUUUGACGCUGGUGGAGAAUGAAUUGGCUGAACUACUGAAUUUGCGUGGCGAUCCGCAACCUCUGUGUCUUCGUUGGACGGGAAAUACUUCCCGUGUGGAGAAGGAAUCGCAACGAGUUUCUCUCGAGAUCGCUGGUGUAGGACAAGACAAACGACAGAAGCUGGUGAAUGCUAGAACCGUUGAAAAUCUUGGUCUUCCAUGUCAGAGUUUCCAGAUCGAAGAAGCGGCAAUAAAAUAUGCGCACUUGAAGGGAAUUCCUGUCAGCAGCUACCAGAACGCUAGACCACGAAUUCUUAUAGGCAUCGACAACCUACGAUUAUCUGUACCGCUAAAAGUGAGAGAAGGAGAUGGAACAGGACCGAUUGCAGCGAAAACCAGGUUAGGCUGGUGUGUUUACGGUCCGCGAGGAAGUGUUAUAAAAGAGUCCUACAAUUUUCAUGUGCGAAAGUGCGAUUGCGAUGAUGAGCUUCACGAUACUGUUAAGCAGUUUUUCGAAGUUGAAGCAGUUGGGGUGAGACCGACUGAGGUUCCGUUGGCGAAAGAGGACCAUCGAGCAUUGAUGUUAUUAGAAGUUACCACGCGACGAGUUGCGAAUCGUUUCGAAACAGGUUUGUUGUGGAAACAAGACCACGUAGAAUUCCCAGACAGCUAUAUUAUGGCAGUGCGUAGACUCGAGUGCCUCGAGCGAAGAAUGGAUCGCGAUCCGGUGUUGAAAGAGAGUCUUCACCGGCAAAUACGCGAAUAUGAAACAAAGCAAUAUGCACACAAAGCUACAGCAGUAGAAAUGGAAUCAGCGGAUCCAAGAAAAGUUUGGUAUCUCCCGAUAGGAGCAGUAACAAACCCGAAGAAACCAGGGAAAGUUCGUGUCAUUUGGGACGCAGCCGCUAGAGUCGAUGGAGUCUCGCUCAACAGCGCCCUUCUCAAAGGCCCUGAUCUACUGUCGUCGCUCCCUGCAGUAUUAAUUCGCUUUCGACGGUAUAGAGUGGCAGUGAGUUCGGAUAUCCAAGAAAUGUUCCAUCAAAUCCGAAUCCGAGACGAAGAUAAGAAUUCCCAGCGUUUCUUGUGGCGUAACAGUCCAUCUGAGAAGCCAACGAUUUAUUUAAUGGACGUUGCAACAUUCGGUAGCACCUGCUCGCCGGCCUCGGCGCAGUUCGUCAAGAAUCGAAACGCACAGCAACAUGCGGAACAGUAUCCUGAAGCAUCGAAGGCGAUCAUUGGUGAUCAUUAUGUCGACGAUUAUCUGGCAAGUUUUGGAUCGGAGGAGAUGGCGGCGAAAAUAUCGAGUGAAGUACGCUACGUUCAUGGCAACGGAGGUUUCAACCUGCACAAUUGGCGAUCGAACAGUAAUAAAGUUCUCGAAGAGCUUGGUGAGGUAUCAACCGAAACAGAGAAACUGCUGAACCUGGCGGAUGGCGUAACGACCGAAAGAGUGUUGGGUAUGCUUUGGAGUCCAGUAACGGAUGAGCUGGGAUUUUCUACCCAAAUGAGUGACGAAGUGCAAACGCUGAUUCGUACAGCAACACGACCAACGAAGAGACAAGUGUUACGAUGCGUCAUGACACUGUUCGAUCCUCUUGGAUUGCUUUCGCCGUUCAUCAUCCACGGAAAGAUUUUGAUUCAGGACCUGUGGCGCGAAGGUACUGAAUGGGACGAGCAAGUCGGUGAAUUAAUCUACGCAAAGUGGCUGAGGUGGCUAAAAAUGAUUGAUUUCAUUGCGGAGAUUAGAAUUUCUAGAUGUUACUUCCCUCGUGCAGUAGAAAAGACUUACCAGUGUACGGAAAUGCAUGUGUUUGUUGACGCAAGCGAAGGAGCAUAUUCGAGUGCAGUCUAUCUACGCACUCUCAAAGAUAACGGAGAACCACAGUGUAGUCUCAUCGCAGCUAAAUCGAAAGUCGCUCCUUUGAAACCAUGGUCGAUUCCAAAGCUUGAGUUGCAGGCCUGUGUUCUGGGCAUGCGCCUGUCCAAAUUCGUUAAGGAGAAUAUCGAUGUUCCUGUCUCUAAAAUAAUUUUCUGGACCGAUUCCAGAACCGCACUGGCCUGGAUCAACGCUGACCCCCGUAACUAUCGACAGUUCGUGUCCUUCAGAGUGAGUGAGAUACUGGAAGAUACAGCCAAAAGUGAUUGGCGUUGGGUACCAUCCAAAUCGAACCCUGCAGACGAGGCAACGAAAUGGGGAAGCGGGCCGUAUUUCAACAGAAGUAGUAAGUGGUUUCAUGGACCGCAAUUUCUAUGUCUUCCGGACGCUGAAUGGCCUUGCUCGGAAAAAUCGAUACCGGCUACAACAGAAGAACUGCGCGCAUCUGUUCUGCAUCAUUGUUCGUUCGAGCCUACAAUUAAAUUUGAUCGUUUUUCCUCCUGGGAGAGAUUGCAACGUGUGACAGCAUACGUAUUACGAUUUCUACGGAAUAUAGCUAAGAAGCAGGAGCAGUGCACGGGACACCUUCAACAGUCAGAACUGAAAGCAGCUGAGCAGACUAUUCUCAAGUUAGUGCAACGCGAAACCUACCCGGACGAGAUAGCAGCUUUAUCAAACAGAGCGCCGAACGAAACCGGACAAGAAAUCAUCGGAAAGAACAGUUCCAUCUACCGUAUGAUGCCAGUACUUGACGAAAAUGGUGUGCUGAGAGAACGAGGCAGAAUCGGAGCAGCGAAACAAGUUUCGUACGACAUCCGUUAUCCCGUGAUCCUUCCAAGAAAGCAUCAUGUCACCGAACUUCUGGUGAAUAGAUUUCAUCACUUCUAUCGUCACGGUAACGCCGAAACAAUCGUCAACGAAAUUCGUCAACAGUACGUCAUUCCGCGGCUUCGAUUGGUUGUCAAGAAAGUUGGGCGCGAGUGUCAGUUCUGCAAAGUUCGUAGAGCUCGACCGAGUAUUCCUCCAAUGGCACCGUUACCACCUGUUCGCCUGGCCCACCAUGAACGAGCUUUCACCUAUACAGGUGUGGAUUAUUUUGGACCAUUGUUGGUUAAACAAGGUAGAUCCAAUGUUGAAAGAUGGGUUGCAUUGUUCACCUGUUUAACGACUCGAGCUGUACACCUGGAAAUAGCAUUCACAUUAUCAACAGAAUCCUGCAUAUCUUGCGUUCGCCGUUUUGUCGGUAGGCGAGGACCACCGGUCGAGUUCUUCAGUGAUAAUGGGACUAAUUUCCAAGGAGCUGAUCGAGUCCUACAGCACCAGAUAAGCCAGGGACUGUCCGCAACGUUCACGAGUACCAACACGAAGUGGAACUUCAUACCACCGGGCGCACCUCACAUGGGUGGCGCGUGGGAACGCUUAGUACAGUCCGUCAAAGCUGCUAUGGCUGAAGCGUAUUCCGAGGGGAAACUUGAUGAUGAGGGGCUACAGACGCUGGUCGUGGAGGCUGAAAGCAUAGUAAAUUCAAGGCCUCUGACCUAUCUACCGCUUGAAUCUGAUGAAUCUGAAGCACUGACGCCGAACCAUUUCUUGCUGUUAAGUUCGAGCGGAAUUAAACGAGAAAACGAUAACGACACUGUACUGAAUCAGUCCAGUGAACUAGUCCGACGAAAAAUCCUGGGGGAUUCUUGGGAACUAAUUCAGCGUCAGUUGGAUGUGUUCUGGAAUCGCUGGUUGGUAGAAUACUUACCGAUUAUUCGCCGGCAGUCUAAAUGGUUCGACGAGACACCGACAUUGAAAUCUGGUGACUUGGUAAUGGUGGUAGAUCCAUCGAAAAGAAGUGGAUGGGAACGUGGGCGGAUCAUCCGUAUGAUACAGCACCCGGAUGGAAGGGCUCUGCGAUGA